GAAAUAAGUGAGGAGAAAAAUAUUCCAGAGAGAUAUUUUGUGUGUCCCCUAAUAAGUCCAAAUCGAUAGGACCAGUUGUUCCCAAAUUAGAAUUUCUUCAAUCAAGCCCAUAUAAUUAACAAUAAAUCCCUAUUUUCUGCCAAAGUUCAAUUCCCGCGUGGAAAGCAUUGUUGAAUCCCCGCUACUCCAUACUGAGGCCUAUAUGUCAUCUCUGGCAAUCAGCCAAUCCCGGUUGACUGAUUGCCAAAUUUGUCGUAUAAGAUGACUCCCGAGGGUUCACUGAAGCCCAGUAAGGCCUUGAAUGGAGUACACGGGGUUCACUUAUUGCCCCACUCACCAUUUACAGUUCAGGAGAUAAAGCAACAUGAACAGUUGAAUCGGUCAGCUUGUGGAACUUCCAGCCUUAGACGCAGCCAACAGCCAGUUCCUCUGAAACUUUGGCAGGAAAGACCAGCUUUCCUAAGGCCCAUCCAUUGCUGUACUAAUGUUGAUAGAAGCUUUGCUGAAAGAGUUGUUAAUGUGCUCACGUCACUUCCAUUUAUUGCCCUUGGGAUUCAGGCCCCAAGGAGAAAUCUUAAUUGUACAAUAUACGCGAAUUCCCUAAUUGGAGUAGGAGUUGCAUCAAGUUUGUAUCAUGUUUCAAGAGGGACAUGGAGGAAGUAUCUUAGAUGGGCUGACCGCAUGAUGAUUGCCACAUCAACAUUGUGUUUAACAAGAGCACUUAGGAAUGACAACUCAAAGUUGUUGAUGGCCACAUCUGCUCUGAUUCUACCGAUACAGCCUCUGAUGGUGACAACAGUUCACACAGGAUUGAUGGAGGUUGCAUUUGCGAAGCAAGCUGUUGAAGAUCCAGACCUCAGGGUGGCGCAUAAUGUGCAUAAAAUGUCAUCAAUAAUAGGUGGUGCUCUCUUCAUUUGUGAAGACUAUUUUCCUGAGACCCCAUAUCUGCAUGCUGCUUGGCAUCUUGCUGCUGCCGUUGGAGUUGGCACUUGCAACAAACUCUUGGAGUAAGCAUGCCUCUCCUUAUUCAUCCACAAAAUUUAUCGAAAAAUCAUUAUUUACAUGCAUCUUGGAAGCCUUAGGAUUUCUGUAUACUAGAAGCACACUUCCACUCAUAUAAUACGAGUAUCUGUCUCAUUAUUGACUGUAUAAUCUGUAUAAUCAAGUAGUACUACACAAUGGAGGCAUUGCUUCCUUUAGAUGAAGUGAGCAGUUUUGGAAGGUGAAAACUAAAUGAAAAUCAAUUAUUAAUUGAAUGACAUUGUUAUGUGGGCUCUA